GUCAAAUAUAAGAGUCAUAAAAAUUGACUGUACAGACUGGGGUCAUUAGGGUUUGGGCAGCUGACCCACCGAACCUGAGUAACAGGAGGGUAGUUUAUCAACUCCUUUUUAACUCGUAAAAAUAUCAAAAUACAUUGUUCGCAAAGAAUAUAUUUUGUGUACAAAGGUAAGACAGUAAUUACAUUUUCGGGUUCUCUGGUGCUCAUUUGAAAAAUUAUAGUCGUUAAAAAAAAAAAAUCCAGCAAGACUUUUAUUAUGUAGAGAAUCCCCGGAAGUGUCUUCUUCGUGGGAUUUGUCCUCGCAGCUGAAACGCGCUUUUCUCGUCCUUUGUGUCGGUUGUCUGUCAGCGGCUCCAGAAACUUUCUGUAAUCUGUGUACGAAUUUCAAUAAGGACGUCACCUUCAGUGCUCAAUUUUUACUAUUUUUUGACGGGACGGUAAGUUCAUGCGUUGUUGUACAGGGGGUAUCUUUUGUUUGCUGCGUCAUACUUAAGUUCAGUCUGUUUCCGCCUCAUGGUUAAAAUUAAGCCGAGUUCGUGAGUACGCUUUAAAACUGUCAAAGAAACCGCUGCUUAGGGUCAGAUAACGUAGAGUUCAUAUCAGAAGAUAAUAUUUGUCAAAUACCCCUUACCUACUGUUUAAAGAAGUGAUUUUCCUCCAGCUUUGGUUUAGUGGACAGAAUUGAGGCCUUGUUAGCAGGCUGAAGCCCGGACUGACAACGGCUGAAAUUACGUAUGCUACUUUAAAACACACAAACACAUUGACUCUCUGAUCAGUGUUAUUACUCUGUGUGCUCUUUUACUGAAGGACAAUAUAGUUAGUAGCGUUUAAUGCGAAUGAUAGCACGGUGCUAAUGCUAACAGGCCUAUUCGCAGCAGAGCGGAGAUAACGUUGGUGAAACGUUUCUGCAACACACACACAUACACACAGAGGGAAAAUGGAGGCUGACAGGGAAAACCCGAGUCUUCAUUAUAAAUCAGAGUAUAAUUCUGUGUUAAAUUAUGUCCGUGACUUGAGUGUCUCAGUACGAGGUAAAAAUAUUUUAUGCACAUUGGAUAGGUUCAAGUUUUGAUACAUGAUCUGUGAUGCAAAUUAGUAGUACAGUAAAAACAUGCUGAUACUUAGUUGGUAGCCCUCUUUUUCUCUGAAAAUUUUCUCUCUACUUGAAAAAUCAACUUAAUUACAGCAGGAUAACUCACUCACUUUAUAUUUUUGUGUCUCAACAGGGUAAAGAAGAGACUCUAGUUGUCUUUUGAACAGCGUCCCUGCAGCCUUACAGCCACACCACGAUGAUCACCAGAAGAAGAGGCCGCUCUGUGAGCUCCACAGAGCUGCAGCCUCUACAUGUUGAAGUGGUGGAUCCUGUGGAAACCGAUGAAGAUCUCCCGAGUCCAUCUGAAGAGUUCCUGGCUGAUGAUAUCGACACCGCUGGAAUUGAGCUGGAGGACCUGUUUGGGAUUGAGGAUCUGAAAUGGACUCUUGAGAAAGAUGCAUCUUCUCCUCUCUUUGGCAUUGAAUUAGCCGAUUUCGACAUGUGCAGUCUGAAGGAUUCAGACUCCGGGAUUGAAGCUUCUGUGGGCUCCUCUCCAAACAGAAUUCACCCCAACCUGAAGAUUAAAAACGCACGAAACCAGGCAAGGAGUGUGAUCAACAAAAACGCCAUUGCUGCUAGAUUGAAUCGUCUAAAGAAGAAAGAGUAUGUAAACAGCUUGGAGAAGAAGGUCGGCGCCCUGUCUGCAGAAAACAGUGGGCUCAAACAGGAAAACACUCAGCUGACCAAGAGGGUGGAAGAGCUGGAGGAUGAGACCAGGUACCUCAGGGCUGUGCUGGCCAAUGAGAGCAUGUUAGCCCAGCUCUUGUCCAGGCUGAGCGGUGUGAAUGGGAUGAAAUUAUCUUCCUCGCUUUUCCAGGGGCAUGACUCAAACGACCACGACUACGCGUUACCCAGGAAGCGUGUGAAAGUGGAGGAGAAAGAGACAUCUGGUGGCGUGUGUCUGCACGUGGACAAGAAUCAUGUGUCGGUGGAGUUCUGCACUAAGUGUGCAGAGAGUGCGAGCACGUCUCUGAAAAUGUAGGGUCAAGUACUUCUCUCUGUUUUCAGAUAUUCAGACUGAACUAUAGAGGCUGGAUGAACACUGUUGAAUCAGUUAAUGAGAACUGCUGAAUGUGCAUGUGUUGAUGUGAUGAUGGUUUAACACGUUACUGCUAAACCUUGUUGACAGUUUCUUCUAGGUAAUGGUUGAUCCACCAUGCGGGCUGAGCUGCUCUCUGCACACCUUUACCUGCCUGACUCCAUGGUAAGGAUCAGACAAGAAAAGACUUGUGUUGUUGAUGUUUCUGACAGGAUGGAGGCGUUCAGCAGCGACCUCACUACUUUAAGAAACUUUGUUCCCAUUUAUGGGCUUUGAGUACUUAAAUGAUUUCUUUUGUUAUAGGGAUUGAUUUGACUGUAGUUAACAUGUAACUAAGAGUAAAAUCAAAGUAUUGUGAAUGUAAAGAUGAUGAAGGUGAAGGUCCACAAAGAGUGAGCAUUAAUCAAUAUUCUGUUUGGAAACUAAAGUUCAUGGAGGACAAAAAAGAAAGUCUGAAUAUAUUUUGAUUUGAGGAGAAAAAAUCUCUUUGUGAACCGUCACCAGUGUACACAAGAACACCUUCAUUUAGAGCCACCUAUCUUUCUUUAUGCUAAAGUGGAUUCUGCUGGUGGAGGGGAAGAGGCUGGACAAGCAGCUGCCAACACGGCCUGGUAUUUUUGUAAAGGUAGUAUCGGUAACGAAUGGUAUCCAUUAAUUAUCUUACACCAAUACUCCACAACACACUGUAGCUCUACAGCUGCUCCAUUCAGACCAAUGCUAACAGUGGAUUAAUAGUCUCAUGAUUAUGAAUAUCUGGCAUUUCUUUAUGGAUAAAUUAACUUUCCGCUUUAAGUGUUGAAAGUGCCAGUUCUGAAGUGUACAAAUAUGUAAAUGUGUAAAUAACUUGAAUUUGAGGUAAAUGGCCUUUGAAAAAUGUUGAAAAAAUAAAUAUUUUCAUUUGAAAUGUCGUAGAAAAAUCUUUUCUCUGUCUUGUUCUGUACUUUUGAUAUUAAUGCUUCUCUUUUUUUCUCUCUGAACAGCAAGCUCUCUGCCGAUAAACGUCUUACUUUUCCUGAACAUUUGGGUCGAGUCUGGUAAAGGUUGACAAAACAGAAGUUAAAAGCACACAUACUGAUGAGGUUUUUUUUUUAUUAGGUUCAUGUUUUAGCCCACUUACUUCAGUCUAACAGAACUAAACACACUUUUCACAGCCAGUCUUUCAGAGCUUUAUUAUCUAUGUUUAAUUAUAAGCCCGGGUUUUAGCUGUACUAUGCAAAGCCUUGAAAUUGUGUUAAAAAUAGAGCAAGACAGUGAGAUCGAAGGCCAGCACCCCCAACCCCCACUACACACCUCCACCACGGCUGUUGGUCUGCCUUCUGUUAGGACUUUUAACUUAGAGUCCUAAACCAGACACAGAUCUGGAAUUUGGUCAUUUAUUUGUUCAUGAAUUUUUACUUUAGACGAAAAUGAGAAUGUAAAAUUCCCUCUUGACAUUUUGGAAAGAUUUCUGUCCAGCAUUGAGAUUAACUUAAAUCUGCUGGUGAUAUUUUAAAUCUUUUAAGGAUAUCAGUUUCUGUGAAAGAGUUUAUGUCCUGAUCCGAUUACAAAUGGCCCCAUCCCCAAACCCACACACCCCAUACAGCAUCUGGUAGCAGUUCCCUGCUGCAGAGAGUAUGAUGCCCUCUCAGCUCAUCAGCCUAUUGACUUAAACUGUAAAUAUUUCCUUUAGUGACAGUGUGCUGAGUGUGUUUUUAGCUUUUGUCUGUGGACUGGAGGCUGAUCAAUACUAAAUGUGUCUGAUCUACUGCAUUGGUGUUUCCCUCAAACUGCCCAGAGGCCUACAUCUGUAACCUUAGCUGCACCUCCUCAAAGA